AUGUCUGUUCCCAGCUUCGAGGAUCUCUUCGGGUCAUGUACCCUGGAGGUGAUAGCUCCAGACACCUCCAUAAAGUUUCCCGAGCCAGGAGCUGCUGAUCAUUGGUUAGCCGCGCUUAAAUCAUCUGGUAUUGAAAGAAGACAAGCGUUCUUCGAUGAGCAACUACACCUUCUCUUGAUUGCACAAAUACCCUGUCCAUCUGUGGACGUUGAUCCCAAGUAUCCACCUACAUUCCUUCUCGAUUUUCUUGCCCAUGUGCAGGUUUCGCUUGAAGCCACUUAUAUCUCGCAAACACCUACAACUCUCCCUGAAACUCCCCAGACUGCCCGAGUCCUUGCUCCACCACGCACAUCAUCUGUGGCUAAGCCUCGGCCUACAUCACUCCAUCCUUCCUUAUUUCCUCCCCAUACACCAAAUCCUACACCAUCUUCUACGGAGAGGGAUCGCAAGUACGCACAAUCCGAAGGAACUCUUCUUCUUGCCAGUAUAUGGGGUCACAGGCCCGCGAGUUUAUCUAAAGAGAAGUUUUCUCUCUUGUAUUCAGAGGCAAAGAAGGCUUGGUUGGCUGUAUACGAACUCUCCUUGACCGUGUCGUUUCUUCGCCUUUCGUUCUCAGAUCCUCUUCUGUCCUUGACCGUGUCAACUACAUUGCGAGAGAAGGCGGUUUCACUGUCACAAGCAAACCAUCCAUUUGUCAUAUUUCUGUCGGAAAGCGACAUUCUUGCUGAGCUUUCUGCUUCUGGCAUAAGUUCAUUCUCGAAGCAGCAGAACCAGGACACAGAUAAUGUCGGGGAGGAUGAUCAGACCGGGCUUGAGGAAGUCAAUUUACUAGAAGGUCUUUCGACUGGUAGUCUUUCAUGCCAUAUCAAUGUUACGGGUUCACUUACAUGUUUUCUAGGAUACAACGUUACUCCCGGCACGGAACCACUCUGGCUUCCAUCCACUCGCUUGGGGAAUGUCAUGCGUCGAGAGCUAUUCUCUCUCUUACCUGUGCAACCUUCAUCUGCCCAACCACUUGCGUCAAGCCCUAAGCGUCCACCUAAUGCCACUUUACGGAAAUCAUUUCGCAAAAUUCUCCAGACAGUCUCUGGCUUCCGGGUGCGGAUGCGAACCGUUUUUGUUCCCCACAUCCUCUUUCCAGAAAUGAAUUCAAGGACGGGCUUCAAUGACGAUGAUAGCGAUGCGCAGGAACGAGAGGCAGGGAACAACGAACGUACUGUCGUUCUCUGUGUUGAAGUCGAGAAUUCUGGAGAAUCAGGCUUAGGUGUUGGUUUCUCAGUGGAAAAGGUGGAUGUGAAAAUCGGUGGCGAAGGUGCAUCUGUCAAACUGAUUGGUUGGGGAGAGGGUGCUUUUGAGGCUGAAGUGGAGGCGCACACCUUCCCACUUCUGAUCGGAUCUAUGGAACAGUACAAUUUGUUAUACGCCGUUUCAUUCCUCAAGCCUUUAGCAGACUCAGAUCUCUCGCUGGUUGGUCGGCGGUCUGGUACUGUCUCUGCAAACUCAGAUCUUCAGCGGGCGGUAGCAAUCAAUAUUCAUGGCAAACCUUACUUGUCGAAGGCAGAUGGUGAACAUGACUCUGAGGACGGUGAUGGUCCUACCCUGACCUACCCAACACAUACAUUUUCCUCUCGGUGGAACUGUAUCCUGGAUCUUUCUUCGAAACCACCGGAAGAACCUCUGGACUUCUCAGACCCUUCUAUUGGUGCUCGUAGUGUGUUACCAGAGCCUGCGUCUCCCUUCCCGGGGCAAGCCGCUUUGGCAUCUGCGAUGCCGAAAGCGCAAUCUGUUACUGGGAACAAACGACAUACCCUUCCCAACAAUAUCACAGCUAUACGGGCGAUUAACCCGAAUGCUAACUUCCGCCCGAUGCCAUAUCGCGACCAAUCUUCCGCCUCGCCAACACCCUCCAACAAACAAUACACUCCUCCCUCUGUCACUGUACAAAGUUUCUCAAAGUUUCCUUCCACUACAUUCGGCAUUCCACCUCCGACCAUUCCCCUGUUAGGCGUUACUACACCCAAUGGCGCCCCACAUGGCCCAUCAGAGUCUCAAACGUUCGUGACUCCGCCAACUCCUGCGUACCCUGCAUUCCCUCCGGCUACUGCUCCAGCAACAUCUCACUUCCAAACGCCACUGAGUAACCAUCAAGGAGCCUCUGGACCGAGUAUCGAAAUCCGCAGGGAACGUGGUCUCGGAAUGACGGCAGCCAUACCACAAACUCCUGGACCAACCGUCGGCGGCGGCGCAUUCGAUCCCGCUCGAGAUACCCCAGCAACUGGCGGAGAGCCCAUCAUCGUCUCCAUUGGCUUGCUCCCACCACCUACAGGUUUCGCCGCGUCUAUGAAAUUAUAUCCCUGCGAUCAGUUCACGCUUGACAUCUUCGUGUUCAAUCAGAGCUCAUGGACCAGAAGGUUCGAAAUCAGCUGUCCGGAUCCAGACCGUAGACGUAGACGGAAGAUCGAGCAGGAGAAAACUUCGCGGGGUGGCAAGACGACUAUCAAUGAGUUACAGAGUGUGAUGACGCCUCCUGGGAUACUCCCAUUGCAAAACCGCGUGCGAAUCGGGCCGCUGCGUCCAUCUACCUGCCAGUCAGUCAGAAUGGACUUCCUUGCAAUGACUCCUGGUGUACAUUCUCUUGAGAUUCUUAGUCUCACGGAUAUUGAGACGGGUUUCUCUAUGGAUCUGAGGUGA